AUGAUCCAGCUCCUUACUCAGAUGGUGAUUCAGGGGUGGCCAGAAAAGAGAUAUCAGGUGCAGCCCCUCAUUCGUGAAUAUUGGGCCAUCCAUUAUGACAUAUCAGUAGAGAAUGAAAUCCUGAUGGCUGGAUCCCGAAUAAUCAUACCCAAAUCAAUGCAAAAAGAGAUUCUUGACAAGAUCCACCAAGGGCAUCUGGGGAUGGGAAAAUGCAAACUCCGAGCGAAGUCAGCUGUAUGUUUGGUAGGCAGGUACAAAGAUGGUUUCUACAUGCAAAUCUGUCAAAAGUACAGAAACUCGCAACCAAAGGAGGAAAUUAUAUCCAGUGACAUCCCAAGAAGGCCAUGGCAAGCUAUUGGAGUAGAUCUGUUCACAGAGAACCAAGAAUGGUACUUGAUUAUGGUCUGCUACAACUCUAAAUUCCCAUUUGUGAGAAAAGUGAAAGACCUGAGAGCCAAAACAAUAACUACAGUGACUCGAGGGCUUCUUGCAAAGCAAGGAAUACCAGAACAGAUCAUAUGUGACAAUGGAACCCAGUUCACAUCUCAGGAAUUCAAAAAGCUAGCCAAUGAGUAUGGCUUCAACAUUAUAACCUCACUCCACACUACCCCAAAGGUCAUGGAUUCUUAG